UUUCUUCUUCCUUCUUCUUUCUCUCUUUCUGUUUCUAUCUCCAUUCUUUCCCCAAACCAUUCUCUAAAAACCCUAGCCCCCAAUUCACGGCAACAAGAAAGGCAAGUCGGGGACGAGUGCGGCUUCCAGAUGUUGCAGCUGAAUACAGAUGGGUUCGGAGAUUGAAACAGUUGAACAGAGAUUGAAGUCUUUUACGGGUCAGCUCCUGACGGAAUGUGGGAUUCUUGAGAGACUAGUGUAUAAACACAAGAAUCAACAUCGAAGAUGUCAUUACUUUCAGUAUAUGCUCAAGGUGAGAAGGGAUUUGAAGCUUCUGAAACUAGCGAAUUUGGAGGAGAUAUUUGAUGCCUGUUUCCUGGUGGUAAAUGGGAACAGGCCAAAGCAAAAAGUUCAGCUUCUGGAAAGUUUGAAGAGGAGAAAAUGUGGCAGUGGCAAGUACAACUUUUUGGAGAGACUUUUGGGAGUUACCCGCCUACUAUCAGAGAUGGUUGAGCCAUUGCUGAAGGCAGCUAUGGAAAUAUCCACGCUGCUUGCUCGGUCAUUUUUCAUGAAAUUUUCACUGACGACACUGGCUGUGCUUGCACGCAUACGAGUACUGGUUCAGCAAAUGCUUCUUGAUUCUGUUCUUCUGUACAAUACUGUUUCUUCUCUUUCGCAAACGGAACAGACUGUGAAAUUGAAUCAAGAAGGAUUCGAGGUCUUUAGGGAGUAUUAUCCAAGGAGGGAGGAAGCUACCAUACUGCUGGAAUGCGCAUGGCAGACAGAUAAGUAUGUGUUAGUUGAGAGGACAAACAGAAGUGAGACCGAUAUUCAAGAGAAGGAUGACCGGGGAGAUUUCUCAUGGAAUCCACCGAAUAUACAAUAUCAAAGCAUUGAGGCGUUACUUGGAGUUGACGAACCUGGUACUACAGCAGCCGACUCAGAUACAGCUGGAGCUUCAUCUGCAAAUAUAGUUUCCUCAACAAUGAGAAUGAUCUUUGAGACGAACAGUAAAAAGUUGGCGGAAGACAGUUCAUGCAUGCUCACAACUCCCGUCUGGAAAAGUGCUUCUGCCGAAGCUGGCUUGCCUACUACUUCAACUCCAUCUCCCAUUUCAUACCCCAUUCAGCGAAAGAAUGAAGCGAAGAACAAGAAGGUUGCAUUUGUAUCAGUUAAACCGCCAGCAGCGCGGACUAAAAAUGAAUCGACGUUCCAUUUGAAAGGCACGGAGAAGAAAGGGGGAGAUAAAGAAGAUCCAUUUUUCAAUCUCCUUACUGGUGGAAACAAGAAUAGUAGUAGUCUCUUGUAA